UAAAGAAAAAAUAUAGCUCAACAGUCUGACUAUUUUGAAGCUUUAUAGUCUUCCCGUCUUGUUCCACUGACCGAAUUUUCUACUGAAAGAUAAAAUGAACUUAUUGCAAAGGUUGCAUUUGUAUAUUGUUCACUCAUAGUAUAUUUCUAUCGACUUACUAUUCUUGAUAGGUUGUAUUUGUAAUCACUUAAAUUUUUGCUUUAUAUGUAACUGCAUGCCAUCCAAUUUUUUUCAUUAUAUGUAAUCACUUCAUUUUGUGUUGGUCAUGUAGGUGACAUCGGGGAUCAGUUCACCGUUGAGGUUCACCAUGGGGUUUUUUUGUUGGUCAUGGUAAUCUAAAGAGAUAUGUUGAUGGAAAGGUGGACUUUUUUGAUGAUUUGGAGGCAGAUACAUGGUCCCCGCUCUGGUUUGAUGACUUUGUACAACAAUUAGGCUACCAAAAGGAUGACAUGCUUAAAUUUUAUUAGUUGUUACCUGAUAAAAGCUUAUCAGAUGGUCUUAGAAUCAUCUUAGAAGACAAAGACACCAAUGCCAUGACUGCCAUAGUGAGCAAGAUCAAAAAUUUUGUAGUGUAUUUUGAUCAUGAUGACUGCGCCUUUGGAGUUAAUUGGGACGAUAUUAUUGCUAAUCCAGUUGAUGAACUUCCUAAAGUGCAACAUGUGGGUAACAAGGUCUGUGAGAAGCUUCCAGUGUUCAGAAAAGAGGGUCGUUUCCAAACCACUGAAGGUGAAUCAAGUGGUCCUAGAGACAACAAUAGUGAUGAAUUUUUUGACAGUGAAUAUGAAAUGGAGGAUGGGGAUCAAGACAUCUUGGAGACAUUUGCUGAUGCAGUUGAGAAUGAAGCACAUAUGAGAGAUGUUGAUGCUAGUACAACAGCUAAAGGCAACAAGAAAGCUAAAGGCUAGGAAGAAGCAGGCACAUGAGGUACUAGGGAAAAAUGGCCCAAGGUUGACUAGGCAUGGUGUCACAAUACAUUGCAAGCAUUGCUCAGAAGCUGGUCAUAAUAGUGCUAGAUGCAGCCUGAAAAGAAGGGGCUUCACUACAGAAGAUGCAAAAGCUCUAGUUGCCAGAACGCAAGCCACACUUGAGAAAGAGGCACAAGAACAAGCAAUGAGAGCAACUGCUGAUCAGGUACCUUCUGAGCAAGUCACUGAAAAUGAGAUUCCAAAUCCACUUAACAUUUCAUCCACUCAACCACCACCAUUUGAAGACUUGACACAAGCUAGUACCACAGUGCUUUCUCAAAUGCUUGGAGAGGAAACUUUAGAGAGUUCACUGUCACAACCUCAAGGGCCUCUACCAGAUCCAACAUUUAUCCUAUCUAACCAGCUAGUCGAACGACCAAUUCCGCUUACUACAAGCACAGUUGCAGGCCGGACUGCAUUAGCCAAGAAGAGGAAAGCAACCACAAGUGUGAAGACAGCUGCCAAGAAGACAAGUGGAAGCGGAAGAGGAAGAGGAAGGCCAUCGUGAUAAUAUGUAGUUAAUGAAAUGCUAGAACGCAUCAGUAUCUAUGCACCAUGUUAAGAUAUUACCUCUAUGAACUAUGUUAAGAUCAUCAGCAUCUUUAUUAUAUUAGUUGGUUGAACAAA